AUGGAGCCGCCGGCCGCUGGUACUAGUUCUCCAGGACUUAUAGGUGCUACACCGUUGUUGCCACCUCCAAUGUUAAGUGGCAUACCACCACCAAUACCUCCAGCAGUGGCAAUGCCUCCUAUUCCUGGAAUGCCUGGGAACAUGCCAGGCUUGCAGCCACCUAUGGGUUUUCCUCCGAUCAUACCUCCAUUUUCUAUGCCUCCUCCUGGGUUUCCACCCUUUAAAGCGGACCUUGUAGCACCAGCCCCAGAGGUUACACCAACUGUAAACCAAAGCAGUCCAUGGUCAGAACAUAAAGCACCAGAUGGCCGCACUUAUUAUUACAACUCUGUCACAAAACAGAGUUUAUGGGAAAAGCCUGAUGAUUUAAAAACUCCUGCUGAGAAGCUUUUGUCAUCUUGUGUUUGGAAAGAGUACACAACAGAUGCAGGAAGAGUGUAUUAUCAUAAUAUAGAGACUAAGGAAUCUAGUUGGGUUAUUCCUAAAGAACUGCAAGAGAUAAAGGAUAAGAUUGCUGCAGAAGAAGCUGCACAGACAGUAUUAAAUGCAGACGUACCUCCUGGUGAAGUCCCUCUUCCAGCAUCUCCAGCUACUGCUCCAACAUCAGGCAGCUCUGCUUUAGAUGAAGCUAUGGCGAAAACCUUAGCUGCCAUUGACCCUAAUUUGGCUAAUAACAUUCCUAUUCCAGAAGAAAUAAAGCCAGAAGAAAUUGCGGCACCGCCUCCUUUAACUAGCACUGAUAGUAAUGAACCAACGCCUGAAUUACAGUACAAGGAUAAAAAAGAGGCAAUUGAGGCUUUUAAAGAAUUAUUGAGGGACAGGAAUGUGCCUUCAAAUUCAUCUUGGGAGCAAUGCGUUAAGAUUAUUUCAAAAGACCCUCGUUAUGCGACUUUCAAAAAACUGAAUGAAAAGAAACAAGCAUUCAACGCAUAUAAAACGCAAAAGUUAAAGGAUGAAAGAGAAGAGCAGAGGUUAAAAACAAAGAAGAACAGAGAAAAUCUUGAGGAGUUUUUGCUUAGUUGCGACCGUGUGACAUCUUUGACAAAGUACUACAAAUGUGAAGAAAUGUUUAGCAAUCUGGAGAUAUGGCGAUGCGUACCAGAUUCGGACCGAAGAGAUAUAUUUGCAGACUGUAUUUACACUAUUGCAAAACGUGAAAAAGAAGAAGCAAAGGCAUUGAAAAAGAGGAACAUGAAAAUGUUGGCACAAGUGCUGGAAAAUAUGAACGAAAUCACAUAUAGUAGCACGUGGAGUGAAGCCCAAGUGUUGCUUUUGGAGAAUUCAGCGUUUAAGAAUGAUGUUAGUUUGUUAGGAAUGGAUAAAGAAGAUGCACUUAUAGUUUUUGAACAGCACAUCAGAAACUUGGAGGCUGAAUAUUUACAGGAAAAAGAGCAGAUCAAAAAAAGAAACAAACGUCAGCAGAGAAAAAACAGAGACAACUUUUUGGCAUUAUUGGACAGUCUCCAUGAAGAAGGCAAGUUAACGUCAAUGUCUUUGUGGGUAGAGCUUUACCCAGUGAUCUCAUCCGACAUUCGUUUCUCUGCUAUGCUAGGUCAGAGUGGAUCAACGCCAUUAGAUCUGUUCAAGUUCUACGUGGAGAACUUAAAGGCGCGUUUCCAUGAUGAAAAGAAGGUGAUAAAGGAAAUACUGAAGGAGAAGGAGUUUGAAGUGAAACCCGACACUACUUUUGAAGAGUUCGCGACUAUCGUGUGUGAAGACAGCAAAUCUGCGUCGUUGGAUGCUGGCAAUGUUAAGCUCACAUACAACUCGCUGUUAGAAAAGGCAGAGGCAAGGAACAGAGAGAAAUUAAAAGAGGAGUCAAAAGCACAGAAGAAAAUAGAGUGUGCGUUUAAAUGGGCACUAAGUGACGCAAAUAUUGAUCACCAGCUUUCUUGGAGUGAAGUCAAAGAGAAACUCGACCUAAGUGCUCCUGAAUUUGCUGCAGUCCCUAACGAGGAAGAUCGCAUUAGGGUAUAUAAGGACUUCCAGCAUGAACAGGAGGAAAGCUGUAUGCACUACCAUCAUCCAAAAGCGUGCAAAUCCAAGAAAUCUAAGAAAAAGAAACGCACGCGUUCAGCAUCUUUGAAGUCGCGGUCGGGUUCCGCGUCGCGGUCCGCGUCGCCGGACAGCGCCAGCUGGAGCUCGGACGAGCGUCGCCACCGCAGGCCCAAGAAGAAGCACCGCAAGCACGACCCGCCGCCGAAAUCGCCUUCGCCGGAAGAGGGCGGCAUAUCUGAGGAAGAACCGUCUCGGCACAAGGGCAAGAAAUCUAAACGCAGUGCACCCAGCAGCGGCGACGAACACGAGCAUGCACACAAGCCUAAGAAGAAGAAGGACAAAAAGGAAAAGAAAGAUAAAUCGGGCGGAUCUGGUGUAUGGAGCGACGCGGAGCUGGAGUCCAGGCGCGCCGCCCUGCUGGCACAGCUGCACGAGCACGAGGCCGACUGA